AUGAAUGGAAAUUGUACAUUUUCUGGUAGUUCAUGUUUAAGGACACAUGUAAGGGUACACACUAAUGAAAAACCAUAUUCUUGUAAUCAUUGUAAAAAGAAAUUUUCUCAGAGUUCACAUUUUAGAAGGCAUUUGAGGACUCACACAAAUGAAAAACCAUAUUCUUGUGAGUUUUGUAAAAAGUCAUUUUCUCAGCGUUCUUCUUUGAAAUCACAUUUGAGG